GCUAACAUCAGUAAUUCAGGGUCACAGGUCAACGCCCGUAAGGUCACUGUUAGGCGACAGGACACAAACAACUUUUUACUGGACCACCAGUCUGGCACAUUUUGUGGGAGUUUCUCCACAACGAAUCGUACUUAACAUGGCUGUUGAUCUUCUACCAAUUCCUCUGGCGUGGGUCCUUCUGGGGCUACUGGUGCUGCUAUUGUACAUAUAUGGAGUGCGCCCGUUGUCAACUUUCAAGAAGAUGGGGGUGCCAGGACCCCGACCAUGGCCACUGAUCGGAAAUGUGCUGGAUGUUCGACAUGGUGUCUACAACCCAGACUUCACACUAGAGAGGAGCCAAAAGUAUGGCAAGGUGUAUGGGCUUUACCGAGGGGCAGCUACACCCCUGCUGGUCAUCUCCGAUAGAGAGAUGCUUCGAGAAGUCUUCGUCAAGCAGUUUCACAAUUUCUCCACAAGAACUGGAGAAACACAAUUCUUAAUGACCAAACCACUAGAUUGCAUGCUGUCGACGGUCACUGGUGAAAAAUGGAAGAACUUGAGGAGCACUCUCAGCCCAGCUUUCAGUGCAGGAAAGCUUAAGAAGAUGUCGGAACAACUGAAUCGUUGUGCUGAUCAGCUUGUGAGCAAUUUGGGUGAACAAACCAGUCAAGGCCAGUCAUUUGAAGCUAAAAAACUUACUGGUGACUUCACUAUGGAUGCCAUUGCCAGUGUAGGAUUUGGAACAGAUAUUGACUCCCAACGCAACCCGAACGAUCCAUUUGUUGUUCAUGCCAAGAAAGCCUUUGAGGGACCUUUCAAGAAUCCACUGUUCUGGUUAUUCCUGUUUUUUCCAUGGAUCAUGAAACCACUACUGGAAGGGUUAGGCUACAACUUCUUCCCACGAAGCACAACUGACUUCUUCUACAAGGUCCUGGACCAGCUGAUGGAACUACGGCAAACAACGGUGUCUGAGCGGUUGGAUUUCAUGCAGCUGAUGCUGAAUGCCCAUAAAGAGCCAGAAGAGGAGGAAGAGGACAACAGUAGAGAUGUGAAAGUCCAGGGACAAAAGCAAGCCUUGACUAAAGAUGACGUGGUCUCCAACGGAAUUGUUUUCUUCCUUGCUGGGUAUGACACCACCGCCACCACCAUGGCAUUCGCCUUGUACAACCUGGCCAUCAACCAAGAAGCACAGGACAAAGUCAUCCAGGAACUUGAUGAGGUUAUGAGGGAAAAGGACCAGGUAGACCAUGAAGCUCUUCAGCAGAUGACGUACCUGGAGAUGUGCAUCAUGGAGACACUCCGGCUACAUCCUCCUGCAGCGCUCAUCAUGACCCGGAUAUGCACAAAAGAUACAACCAUCCAGUGGCUGAAGAUUCCAAAGGGAAUGACUGUGUUGAUCCCAGUUCUUGCCAUUCAUUACGACCCUGAGAGGUGGCCGGAACCAAAAAAGUUCAUUCCUGAAAGGUUCACCGCAGAGGAGAGAGAGAAACGUGACCAGUACGACUGGCUGCCGUUUGGCGCGGGACCACGGAACUGUAUCGGGAUGCGCCUGGCCAUGAUGGAGGCUAAGAUCGGACUGGCCAAGGUUUUCAUGAAGUACCGCAUCAAGACUGGGCCUGAUACUGAUAUGGCACUGAAGCUGAAGAAGUUGGAGCCCUUUCCACAGCCGGUGAAUGGUAUCAAGCUGAGGGCAGAGUUGAGAGCUGGAGGGAACAACUAGACAGGGCUGAAAUGCACUUAUCACAGUGCUGCCGGCCCUGCCAUUUGCCGUAGUUGUAUAUCAGUAUGAUUGGUUGAUAAUAGAUUUUAUUUCAUUCCAUUUACCUUCACCAAGAAGGUUAUAUUGUGGGUAGCUUUUGUGUGUUUGUAGAAGACCAGCAAAAUGUGAGAAUGCCUGGAUGGAUUGUAUUGAUAUUCGAUAUUUGGUUAGGUCUUGAUGAGACCUGGAAACAGUUAGAUUUUUGGCCCCAUAGCAGCUUGUUAUGGUACUGUAGCAGAACUCUGGGUUUGAUAUUCCGUUUGUUUUUUUCUUUAACAUUGAUGAAUCAUCAGCUACAAUACAAAGACCCUGAUGGUAUAUGCAUCAUCAUUUACAAACUUUUAUGGUCACAUUUUAUAGUUACAGAUACAGAUUUUACAGAAUUAUGAAGGGUGCACAACAUGUAUUUUAUCCUAAUCAUGUCAUUUAGAUUUGUUAAGAUAUUUGCAUGGGUGCCUAGCCUCUACCAGGCUCCGUGGAAAGUAGCAAUUGGCCAAGUAAAGUGAAUAGUAUGCCAGGGGAGUCAUCUGGCCAUAUAUUAAGGGUCCAAUAUGCGAGCCGCACUGACUCCGCUUUUACGGAUUCCAAAGUAACAGAGUCAGAGAGUGGAGUAAAGAUAAAAUGACCCAGCACCCAGGCUAUAAAGAUAGUGAUUUAUGUAUGUCAAUGCUCAUUAGCAAGUGGGCUAAUAUGUUAAAAAAUAAUAGAAGGGUGACUUAUAUAUAUAUUUUGUACAAACAUAUUUUUGGUUGAAUGUAAUCAGGAACUGGUGUAGUUUGGAGUCAUUGCUGUUACAAGGAAUUAAGACUUAGUCAAUUAAUGAUGCAUAUGAUCACCAUGUUUGUACUAAAAUGAUUGUCCAAUGUACGUUUAACGACGCUAUUGUCAACUAUACCAGUUUGGUGGUAAGUUUGCUAUACAUUAUGCUAUGCACUACAUAGAUCACUAAGUUAAAUGUUAAAGUGUUAACUAAAAAUAUGCAUAUGUCUUACUGCAACACCUUUUCACCUAUGUUGUGCAGCAACUUCUUCUUUGUGUUUAGGUGGCCACCACCAUCUUGUUUGUUGGUAUUAUGAAUCAAUCACAUAUUCCAUCAUGAAAUAUAGGAAUUUGGUCA